AUGAAUCCAUCAAAUAAUGAUCGUGCAACUGGAAAUGACGAAUUAGACGGCAUUAGAACUCAGAUUAAUGCAAAAACCAACGAAUCUUUAGAAUCAACACGUCGUAUGCUUGGUUUAGUUGCCGAAUCUCAAGAAGUCGGUACUAACACCAUGAUCAUGCUCGAUGAUCAGGGCGAAAAACUCAAGCGAAUCGAGAAUGGUCUCGACAAUAUUCAUGCUGGUAUGGAUGAUGCAGAGAGGAAUCUAAACAAUUUGCAAAAAUGUUGUGGUCUAUGCGUUCUUCCAUGGCAGCGUGCAAGUCGUACACAUCGCCCAUUCACGAAUAGUAGUACAAGCAUCAGUGGUGAAAACUCGUCGCCGACUAUAGCUGAGCCAAAACUACGCAUGGCUGGUGAAGAAGGUAUGCCUUCGAAAGGUUAUAUCACUCGCAUCACAAAUGACGAUCGCGAGGACGAAAUGGACGAUAAUUUGCAAUUAGUUGGCAGUUAUCUUGGAAAUUUAAAAAACAUGGCUCUUGAUAUGGGUGACACUAUCGAAAAUCAAAAUAAACAACUCGAUCGGAUUGCAGUUAAAACUGAAGUUGGACAAGUUCGAAUUGAUAGUGCGAACAAGAAAACUCAAGAUUUAAUUCGACGUGCGUAA